UAAAAAAAACUGGGAUAUAUUUACAGAAAUCAGCAGACGAAUCUUUUUCCUCUUCUUGAGCCAGAAAUGGCCGUUGGAUCUUCAAAGAGGAACAAACCGAAGCGACCAAGCUCCGUUCUCUCCUCUCCAAUGGCUUUUCCCUCUCCUUCUCAAGCUCGCCAUAAGAUGUCAUCUCGAUAUAGAAAAAGAUACUCUUUUUCUUUUAUUCUCAUCACUUUCUCUCUCCUUUUUGUCCUCUAUGUCAACUGUUGGAAGAAGGCCCCUUUCGUCGAAUCCGGUUCGAGAUUCUACACUUUUGAUAUCGUGAAUGAGUUCCCGCACGAUCCCAAUGCCUUCACUCAGGGGCUCUUAUAUGGAGGAAACGAUACAUUAUUUGAGUCAACUGGUCUUUAUGGGAGGUCUUCAGUCAGACAAGUUCUUCUCCACACCGGGAAGGUCCUGGUUAAUCAUCAAAUGGGCAGUUCUCAAUUUGGGGAAGGUCUUACUCUCUUAGGUGAAAGGUUGUUUCAAGUAACUUGGUUGAAGAAAACUGGUUUCAUUUAUGACCGAUAUGAUUUUAGCAAACGGAAGAAAUUUACCCAUCAGAUGCAGGAUGGCUGGGGGCUGACGACUGAUGGAAAGAUCAUAUUCGGCAGUGAUGGAAGCUCAACACUCUAUCAGCUUGACCCCGUUACCUGGAGAGUAUUACACAAAGUUAAUGUCAGGUACAAUAAUCAUGAAAUUCCUUUUCUAAAUGAACUGGAAUAUGUAAAUGGUGAAGUAUGGGCAAAUGUCUGGCAGUCAGAUUGUAUAGCUAGAAUUUCACAUAAUGAUGGCGUUGUUCGCAGUUGGAUCCUCCUCCAUGAAUUAAGGCAAAGCUUGUUAGGAUCUGGACAUAGAGAUAUUGAUGUUUUAAAUGGCAUUGCUUGGGAUGAGGAAGAUAACCGCCUAUUUGUGACAGGGAAGUUAUGGCCAAAGCUUUAUGAGAUUAAGUUGCGUCCUGUAACUUCUCCAUUAAAUGAUAAAAUAGAAGAUAUCUGCUCUAUAAGAGUUUGAGGUAGAGUUUGUUUAUAUUACUCAGACGGCUACUUGAGGAAGAGCUGAAGCGGGUAAAGAGUAGAAUUCAGACCAUUUAGAUCAUUAUACUGCCAAGGUCUUCUCAGUCCUUUUAAGGUUCAAUAAUGUACAGCUUUAGGAACAUCACAUCAUAACAGGAAGCAAAGUCAUUCAUUUUUCUGUUUCUCCCUUCACCCUUCAGUUUUAUACAAUUUUACGGAGACUGGAGCAUCAAUGGCCUAAUUUUAUAAACAUUUUGUUUUCUUUCUAUUUUGCAUCUUUUGCAUCCAAGGUUCUUGGAGGAUUAAGACACCAUUUGUCAGUAUUUCAAUGAUUGUUCAGUUGAAUUUUACGAAUUUAUAGUGCUUCUUGUAACAGUUAAGUUUUACUGUUGGUUAUGCUUGCUUAAGGUGGCCCUUACUUUCGGUUGGCCGGAAAGAGUUACA